UUUCAGAAAAAAAUUUGCAUUAAUAAAUGGCAAAAAACCUGGAAAAUACAAGUUAUCGGAGGUUGGAUGUUGAUGCCUUUGAUCCAGAAAAAUUUGUGGAUUAUGAAGAUGCGGAAACUCCUGGAAUUGGACCGGAUGAACGACUCGUUAAUCAGUUAUUGCAGUCAGCCAAGUUGCAAGAAGCGUUGAAAGCAUCAUUAUCAAAUCCCCCAUUGAAAUGCAAAAACCAGACGAUAAAAGAUCGUUCAACCGCUCUCGUGACGAAGGUUUUGAUGAAUGUAAAGAUUGCGGAUAUCGAAGGUAUGGUCAAGUGCUUAACAGAUGAUGAAGUAAACCUUUUGAUGAAGUUUAUAUAUAAAGCGAUGGACACUCACGCUGAUAAUGCAACUUGUCAGUAUCUCCUGUCGUGGCAUGCCCAGGUAUUAGCUCGCGGCGGAUACGGUGCUAUAAUUCGUGUAUUUUGUGAUCGUCAAAGGUUGUGACUUUUGCUUUUGAUGUUUAUAUUUAUCUUUUACCGAAUGCCAAAUUGAACCUUUGGUGGGGAAAUAUGAUUUGCAUUUGUAAUUCUGAUAUCAAUAAAUAAUCGUCAUUCGCAGCUAGGAUGAUGAAAAACUGCACUUUGUUAAAGCCUAGCUUUUGUGUCUAUUGUUGCGGUGGACUUGUUUAAUCAGGUCGGUUUUUCCCUCGGUCAUAUUUCAAGCUUUAUGAGCAUAUGCUCAACGUAAUAAGUUGUGCACUCUUGUGAAACUGCUAUGCGUCCAGACAUUCAGGCAUUCACAUUUAGUUUUGCUGUUACAUUCUGUCAGGUCAUGUGUGGAUUUCUGUGUCAUGUAUGGAUUUCCUUCCGAUGCCAUCAAUCGUUAUAAAGGAAUUUGUACUUUCGGAAUAAAAUCCUAC